AUGAAUAUCUAUUACAUUAAUGUAUUAUUAUUUUCCAUUACAUUAAAUAUAUUAGUACCUAAUCUAUGGAACCACAAGGUUACAACAAAACCACAUAGAGAUUUGUGCGAAUGUGAGUUGUAUACACCCCCAAAUUAUGAUAAUGAUCCUCAAAUGAAAGAAAUUAUGAAAAAUUUCAAUAAACAAACAGAUCAGAGGUUAAAAGAAUAUGACGAACGUGUGAUCCAAAACAGAAAAAAAUGUAAAGAACAGUGCGAUAAAGAAAUACAGCAAAUUAUUUUAAAAGAUAAAAUAGAAAAACAAUUAAAGGACAAGUUGUGCACACUACAAACAGAUAUAGAUACUGAUGCUAUCCCUGCAUGUGUUUGCGAGAAAUCGGUGGCUGACAAAACAGAGAAAUUUUGUCUGAAUUGUGGGAAACAUAUGGGAGCAAUUGCUCCCUGGUGGGGUUUGGUAUGUGAUGCAGGGUAUUCGGGAUGGACACAUUAUACUGCUACUACUCUUGUUGAAUUAGCUACAGAAUCGGGUAUUAAAAAAGGUAUAGAAGUGGGUUUGGCUAACGUGGCGAAAAUAGUAAAACAAAUGUCAGGUACAAUACCCGUUAAGAUUCCUAAAAUUAAGGUGGCCCAAGUGAUGACUGCGGGACAAUUUACAGACGACGUAACCUUUUCUGGUAUAGUACAAGCGUUAGAUGGUCCUACGUUCGCGGAAUUGGGUACUGGACAACAUGCUCAAUAUUCGCUGUGUGUACAAAAUAUAGCAAAGACUUUUACUCUUAAAACACUUAAAACAGAAGCAGCAGAAGUUGUAACAGCAUUCAAAGAAGCGGAAGCAGGUGUAUUGGCAGAUGGAACGGCUACAACUAGUAUAUUACAUGCAACUAUUAUUGCUUCCGUUGUUGCAAUAGUAGUUAUAGUUUUGGUUAUGCUUAUAAUUUAUUUGAUUUUACGUUAUCUUAGAAAAAAAAAAAUGAAGAAAAAAUUACAAUACAUAAAAUUACUAAAGGAAUAG